AUGCCGAGCAGCGGCAAGACGAACAACACUGCCGAGUACACGGCACUGCUGCUCGGCGUGCAGAGCGCUUACCAUCACGGCGCAACAUCCUUGGUGAUCGAGGGAGACAGCCACCUGGUAGUGUCGCAGGUACGAGGUACUUUCGCGUGCAGGAACCAACGCCUACGGCAGCUGCGCAACCGCGUGCGCCACGCGCUUCGCUCGGUGACCAAGUUCACGCAACAGCAUGUCGACCGGAAGGCUAACGCCCAUGCCGACCGACUAGCAAACCGAACACUCGACAUGAAGCGCACGCUGGUGGAGUGCGGCCGGCACCACGGUAGCAUGGACCUCUGCUGGCACCCAUCGAUCACAGCGCCGACCCAGAACGUAAUGGCGGCACCGCUACGUCGUUUGCCAGCGGCAGCAUCCGGUCGUCAUAGCGAAGUCGGCCUCCUCCACAACGAGGAGGCUGAUAUUGCAGCCCGUGACAACGGUGAAGUGUUCCCCACCCUGCCUAUCGGACCAGCCCCCGCCCGGCAACCUCGGCUACGGCUACGGCUUCGGACAGAGGAUGACCAAGAGACUGCAGCGGUGGCCUUGCAGGCCAUGGCAGAGGAGCUUGCGUGCAAGAUUGUUGAUGCCGACAGAUGGGCCUCGGGAGAUGGCUAUAUCAGCGCUAUCCCUGGCCGCAUUAGGGAGGUGCUACGGCCAUACACAACAGACCCUCCCCAGCGUCAAUACCCACUGCAGCAACAGGGACAGCGCCCGCCUCGCGUAACGCGAAACCAGUGCGAGCACCGACUUGAUGAGGCUAUCGACGAAGUGGAGGUAACACAACGAGAGCGCCCGGACGACCGAACCUCCAUCCACCGAGCGCGGCGACACGUUGGCCGCACCCGCAGCUCCAUGCGGCUGCAGCCACUGCGCCAACGCUUUGGCCGAGAAGAACGCAAGUGUGUUGAGGAGAUUUUGCGCACAGCAUCGCCAGAAACAGCAGCAGAGGAGCACCUGGAGACGUGUUCCAUUGACGCGACUACACUGCAGGAGCACUUUACGGCGGUCAGCACGCCCCGCAUCAACUUCCUACCGGACGAAGCCUGCGGUGAAGAGUUCCGUCAAGCGAUGGCCGACAUCAGACAACCGACGGCGGAGCGUAACGCGCUCACGGACGACCCGGGCCUUGACGGCGUGGGCUACGACGUCUACAAGAAGUUCGCAGUGCAGUUGGCUCCGCUCCUCCACGCAGCAUUUCAGUUCUGUUGGAUCCACCGUCGGGUGCAUGCCCUGUGGAAGGUGGUUUUCGUUCGACACAUACACAAGAAAGGCAACCCCAACGACCCAUCCAACUGGCGGCCGAUCUGCCUCCAGACUGCAAUCUACAAACUCUACAGCGGUCUACUAGCACGUCGGCUAUCAGCAUACCAGGAGGGGAAUGCGCUGCUGCCAAUGGCGCAGAAGGGCUUUCGAGCGUCUAACGGUUGCCACGAGCAUAACUUUGUGGCAACCACGCUCCUGGACCAGACCCGUCUCAUGCACCGCAAGCUGUACCAGGUCUGGUACGACCUGCGGAACGCAUUUGGGUCCGUCCACCAAGACAUGCUGUGGUAUGUGCUGCGGCUUCUCGGUGUGGAACACGAUUUCGUUGCUCGCUGCCACGACAUCUAUGACGACUCCUACUUCGUUGUCGGGAACGCCGUCGAUGGAGCGACGGAAGCAGUGCGGCAGGAGGUGGGUGUGUACCAGGGCUGCCCAUUGAGUCCCCUCCUGUUCAUCGCAGCACUGGUGCCGCUGCUACGAGCGCUCGAGAAGCUCGACGGAGUCGGCGUUGCGCUGGCGGACGGCGUACGGCCCUGCGCCGCCGUCUACGCAGACGAUCUGAAGGUCUUCAGUGACAGCGCAGCGGGGAUCAAGCGCUGUCACGCAGUCUGGACGGGACUUCAGGCGAGCCCUGGCAAGUGCGCUCUUCUGGCGGUGACCCGAAACGCGUGCGGCAACCCCACCCACGACCAGGACCUCCACCUUAUUGCUCAUUUCGUGCAGAAUCGCGUCAAUACAAAAUUCUAA